AUGGCCAUCAGUUGGUUCGACCUACAACAGCAACAGCAACAACAACAGCAGCAGCAAUUGCAACAUCAGCAACCUCAACAGCAACAAAAACACCACAAUACGAUAACAACAACAGCAACACAUCACGCGCAUCCGCACACGCACCAGCACUCGCAUCCGAAAUUGCAACAGCAGCACUCACUGCCACUGCAACUGCAGUAUCAUCAUCACUCACAACAUCACCAGCUGGUGACCACCACACAGCCUUCACCGGCUGGCACGUUCAUCAGCCAGACGGCGGGUAUUAUCACAACCGUUGCCAACAGCGAUAUGCUGGGCCACAAUGGCGAUAUUUCUCCGCUCUCUUCCAGCAAUUCUUUCUCCUCAGUGGACACCAAUCAAACACUACUUAACUCAAUUGCCAACCAAGCGCAACUGCAACACCAACAGUCGUCCUCAUCGCAUAUAUUGCCUCAGCUGCCACCGCCGCCCACAAGCAAUAACAGCAGUUCCAAUCGUCAUGGCACCAGCAAUCGCUCAUAUCGCACCAAGUAUAGCCAAUUCAUGAUAAUCACACCAGCGGUCUCCAUUGAUCGUGACUAUGAGCAUGAUGAAGCUUUUGGCAGUGGUGGAUCCGCUGCAGCUGCGUUAACUAACAAUUUCGACUUUGAUGAGGAUGCCUAUUGCAAUGACAACAACACCAAUGCCAAUGCCAAUGGCAACAACAGCAAUGCCAAUAAUGGCAACAUUUUUCGCAUGUCACUACUGCAGAAUAGCAGCAGCAUUGAUAGCGGCAACAGCAGUGACAGCUCUUUCCGCUCCAACUACAAUCCCUAUCUACAUCACAGUCGCCAACAUUUGCUACCCAAAGGGGCGCCACAUUUCUACACGUUCUCCUCGUGGCGCUGGUGCACACUAAUUUGUGCUGCAAUGCGUUGCUUUGGUGGCGGACAUAGCUCACAUGCGCCGUACAGCACCAGCUUUGCGCGGCCACCAUAUCAGCGUUCGCGUAGCUCCGGCGCACAAACAACCCGUUCCUCGCAGCCACAUCGGCGUUUGCGCUCCUCUUCCUUUACUGCUGAGACGGCUUUCGAGCAUUUCUCGGCACCCUUUAAGGCGCGCAAAACGCGCGACCAUCUCAACAACAUCACCUACGAAUUGUGA